GGUUUUUUAGUGAACGGCCGCGAUUGACACAUGUAGCAAUUUAGGAUUGGAGCAGGGCGAAAAUGGUGCGAAGAUUGUGUGUUGCGGUUGCAUUUUUCGCGCUGAGUGUGAGUGGAGAGGACAUUGGGAGUGCAAGUGGGGCGGAAGAAAACACGACUGAGCCUGUACCGCAGGUAAAUAGAACUCUAGAGGAGCUGCGAUUCCCCGUGCUAUUUGGCGCGAUCGUCAACCGGUCGGUGGUGUUGGAGCAUUUCGCAGAGACGCAUGAUUUACGCGUGAGUAGCAUUGAGGAGGAGACGGUUGUAGAUUUAGAAGUGGAGCUGGAGGCGGACGCAUCGACCGUGAAGAGCUGCAACACGACAGCCAAGCCUUGUUCUGUUGAAGCUAACAAUACCGAAAUUGACGAAAAUGCUCUUCCUCCGCCGUCAUUGCAACCGACUGAUCGCCUGGUUCGAGUCGAUGACCUGAAUAUGUCCAUUCUUUCAUUCCAAGACGUGAUUGAUAGUCCUGUGGGGAGUGUUGCGGUGCUGCCGCUGUUCAAGCCUGUUGGCUCUGCUCGCGUCCUCUCGGGAUUUGCGCGUGUGGAGAUUAUAUCACCGAAAAUGCUCGAGUUCGAACCUGCUACACCCCAGAGAAAAGAAGUCAUUACAGCGUGGGUAGAAGAGAAAGCACGCUUGAAAGCAGAAAGAGAAGCUCGCGAGCUGGAAAUCGCGAAUAAUAAGGUGUUGCAGGAGAAGUUGGCAGAGGAGCGUCGUGUGGCCGAAGGUCUUGCGAGGAAAGAGCAGGAGCUAUUAGAGAAGCUAGACAAGGAGGAAUACGAGCGGACACGCAUGACCCCACAUAAUCUCGCGACAGGAAAACGCCGGGACGGGUGGGAGUUCCGAUAUGAGGUUGAGUUUACGACGAAAGGCCCUAUCGGACUGUACUGGGAUCUAAACACAAGAGACAAAGCUGUAGUGAGUCACUUAGAGCCCAAACUACCCGCACACAAGCUGAAUGUGAUCGCACCGCGUGACCAACUAAUUUCUCUCAAUGGAGUUGACACUUCAAAGAUGGGACCCGAACAAGUUGUGGAAGUGUAUCUGAGCUCGACGUACCCUCGUAAAAUGGUGUUCCUGGUUCAAAUGUCAGCAGAGCGUGCAGCAGCCAAAACUGCCGAUAAAAACCCUGUUAAGCGAGUAGUAAUGAACUGGACAUUAGCUUUCGAUGCUCCAGAGAUAUUACGGGGUUGGGAAGUUCGACUGCACCUUGCCAGCUGGAGUACCCCACCUGAGAUCAAUGAAACCAACGCAAGUUUGCCGCUACAACUGGAGUUCGCGGCUCCAAUAACUGGCUGCAAUCAAUUUCCAGAAGCUGCACAAUCCUCUAACAAUGACACUUCAGGCGUAGUAUUUCUCGCUUAUCGCGGGGCGUGCACACUUAUUGAGAAGGCAACCCAUGCUCAAACAGCCGACGGUAAUGCUCUUCUAAUCGUGAACAACGUUAAUGGAGAAGGAAGAUUUACUCCUACUGGAACUAUUGUGGCAGAACAUGUUAAUCUCCCCGUCACUAUCAUGGGAAAACUUGAUGGAGAGCUUAUCAUGUCAGUAGUGGAGCACCACAAGACAUUGAUUCGGAUCUACGAAGAGAGACCUGAUCAAAUCCCAGUUCCACUUGUACAGCCCCCGAAGCUUACUAACCAGGAGCUGACGAUCGCAAGGGACGUGAAGAAGUCGGGCCGAAAUAUGACUUUCUGGUAUAUCAACGAUGGAAACUCGAAGAAGGAAAAUGGCAGUUUGUCUUCCUUCGCCGAAUCGUACGAGUUUCAGGUCCUUCCUGCACUCUUCGGUGGCAAAAUCCCCUCGUUACCUUUCCGCAUCGUUGCAGCCUAUCCACAAGAGACUGCGUGCAAUCACAAAGGACUCGGAAUCCUCGCCACUCGUGCAGUUGUCGUUGUCAAGCGCGGCGGAUGCUCAUUUGGAACAAAGCUCAGGUUAUAG